CUCAGUAAGGAAUGAAGUCCAGAGAAGCUGGUGUAGAGUCCCGGUGGAGUGUGUGUUGAUAAACGGAGUGUGUGUAUGUUUAUGAGGAGUGUUUAAUAGCGGGGUGUGUGUGUGUGUGUUUGUGAAGAGUGCUGGGUUAUGAGUGUUGCGUGUAGUUUCUCUCUGUGUAACUGGACCUGUAUCUGGACUGGGUUUAUUGGGAAUGAGAAUGGCGGGGUUUGUGCGCUGUACUGGUUGCAGGAGAAGCACUGAGUCCUGGGUGAGCAUGGAACUGGUCCCGGUUUCAUGCUCUCUGCUUUAUUGAUCGGUUCAGUUUGCGCAUGAACUGACGCUCCGCUUUGUGAACUCGUGGAAGACAAACUUCACGUGUAUGAACGCUGGAGUGGAAAAAAAAACGUGAAAAGGAAGAAGAACAAGCAGUGUGUAUUUGUGGCUCAUUAAACAGGAACUCAUGGAAACGUUUGCGGUGAACAGUGAGGAGGAGCGGGACCGGGACCGGGACGCAGAGAGCGGGGCGGCUGAGGAGCCGCUGCGGAGGAACGGAUGCGCAACUGCCGCGCAGAGUCGAUCCAACAACCGGCCUCACACCAACCCCAAGUGCCUGCUGGUCCUCUUGGAUGUUGUGUGUCUCCUUGUGGCCUCUAUUCCGUUCUUCGCGUGUGAGAUGAAAGCCGUAAAACCGUACAAGCGAGGCUUUUUCUGUGGAGACCCCUGCAUUACCUACCCAUAUGUGGAGAAGGAGGCCAUAUCAGACGGUGUACUCAUCACCGGAGGAAUCAUCAUUACAGGGCUGUCGAUUGCCCUGGUCGAGUCUUGCUGUGUGCACUUACGGCGUGUAAAAUCCCGCGCCUUCGUACAGAACAGCUACGUUUCCUGCCUUUAUAAAGAGCUGGGAAGCUUCUUGUUUGGUUGCUGCAUUGGACAGUCACUGACCAACAUGGCCAAGCUGAGUGUGGGUCGGCUCCGUCCCAAUUUUCUGUCUGUGUGCAACGUGACUUACGAGUCGCUGGGAUGCAAGCUGGGUGAUUAUGUGGAAAGUGUGACCUGCAAUAACACGGAGAAAGCCGAGGAGGAGGCCAGGAAGUCCUUUUUUUCUGGCCACGCCUCGUUCGCCAUGUACACAAUGCUUUACCUGGCUUUUUACCUGCAGGCACGGUUCUCAUGGCGUGGAGCACGGCUGUUGCGCCCCUUGCUGCAGUUCCUGCUGGUAAUGAUAGCCGUGUACACAGGACUGUCCAGGAUCUCAGACUACCGUCAUCAUCCCACUGACGUCCUGAUCGGCUUCUUGCAGGGUGGACUCACAGCCUACUGGGUGGCUUUCCACAUCUCUUCCAUGUUCAAGACGUGUCCUGCAGAUGUGUCCUCUGUAUCUCCCACCAGUAUGUCCUUGGACAGCCCAAUGUCCAUGUCCAGCCGUCAGACUGAAUGUUAGCAUCCGUCCUGAGACGUGGAGACCAAACACUGCCUGUAUACUGACUGAACUGAAUGACUCGGAUGGCUGUGAUCAGUGGAGAAAGCACACAGACAGCGGACAGAUCGACAGGCCGAUACAGUCAGACAUAUUACAGACGAAUGUGUCCUUGUCCAAACACUAAAUGUCCUACGUAAUGAUUGUCCUGCGCCGGAAGUGCUUCCUUCUGAGCUCAUAUGCCUGCACAUGCCUGUCCACUGCCCGCAAAACCUGCCUAAAUACGUAUAUAAUACAGAUUUGUUUUCUCUCUGUAAGCUUCUGUAUUUUUUUUUCAAAAUUCUGUCAAUAUAUUGUAGACAUAGCUGCUAAUGAUGGUAUUAGUCCGUAGUGACAUUUAUACUGACCAUGUCUGUCGAGUGGUGCACCAGGAUUUCUGCCUUUUAAAAACACUGAGAAUCAACCGCUUGAGCACCUGCAACAAUAGAGCUAUGCCAUAAUGAUGAACACAUACACUGACCAAUCACAACAGCUCUGUAGUUACAGCUAACACUAUACAAAGGGUGUGAUGCUCCCUGCACAGACGUCUUUUCAUUUUCCUGUUUUUUUUUGUUUGUUUGCUUUGCCAUUUCCCAUCUUUCAUUAUUUAUUUUAAUUUCUUUUUUUCUCUUGUUUUAUUUCUUCAUUUUACCUGUUUGUCUGGAGAAUGUUUUACAUUAACCAUAACCACUAACACUAAACGUUACUAUUAAGACAUGUACUGAGAUGUUAUUCUUUCUUUUUUCACUUUAAGUUCAGUUACGUCGGGUUUAGGCUCCUGUUCAAUCGAGGCAGCAGUAUGACUGAAAUGAGACGAGACCCGGGUUGGUUUGCUAAGUGUGUUCGAGCAGAAGAACCACUGAACACUAGCACCCCAUUCGAACCCUUAGCACCUCAUCUGCAAAACUGAACCCUGUAACCAUAGCACGUAGUCUCAUUUAAACAGUGUUUUACCCUUUUACUGUGUUCAACCAAUCAUCUUCUUGUUUUGUUUUUGCAGAAUGAUAAUUAUUCCGAUUUAAUGUAUAUAAAUCAUUUUAUAAAGAAAGCCUCUAUAGAAUUUACAGAUAUAUUACCAUGAUUGUGUAGAAGUUGGGUUGUGUGUGUGUGUGUGUGUGUGUGUGUGUGUGUGUGUGUGUGUGUGUGUGUUUCAGGUACGUCGCGUGUGUGUCUGUCUGUAUGAGUGUGUGUUGUAAUGAAUAGUGACUGAGCCAGAGAUAUAUUGAGAUACUAUCACAAAGCUAUAUUCUUGUUUCUAGUUUUAUAAAUGUUACGUUGGUUUUGUCUGUGAAGGCCAGUGAGGCUAAAAUAACCACUGUAUUAAUAAACCAAAUAAUAAAACGAAUGUUCAACCUUCA